UGCUGCUACUGCAGGUAUGGUGUUGGAGUGCCAGAAUUCAUCAGGGUCGAAGUCGGGGUCAAGAUCCGGCGGGUGUGUCCAGGCGGCGAACGACACGAUUCCGUCGCUGUCGGCAGUACCGCGGUCGGGGACGAAGUCCAACACGAAGACGCCGGACUUCAGGAGAGCACGACCGAUGAAGAGACCACCCUUCCCGUGCGUAUGUCGGGUUGACCUGAAGUCCUUGUGAGCGCGGCGGCGGAAGUUCUUCUUCGUCUGAUGUGGAAGAGCACCUUGGAGGGCUUUCUUGAGUGGAGGCGACGUGUGGGUCUACUGGACGAUAAACACGAGGACGUGUGCAAUUGACUUUGGAAUGUCCGGAAGUCUGACAGUUAUGGCAGAACGGCGGCACGAAGGUCCAUCUCCUGUUGUUCGGCGUG